CACCCCGAUUCCCGACCUCCUUUAACACGACCACGCGCAGCUGACGCUUUGAACGAUAAUCUUUCCGCCUAGAGCCUUGACACCCAAGGUUUUACGAUACUUAACACCUUUGCCUGUCCCCAUCUCCCACGCUCACCAUCCACCGUUCUUUGUGCGAGCUUCUCGACCUUCCCCGCCACCAUGAAGGUUCUCUAUAUGGGCGUUCUCCGGAACGAUACUCAGCCUGCGCUCCAGCUAUGCGGAGAGAAGGACCUUACCAGCUUCUCUCGAUUCACUCGUCAAAACUAUGAGGAGUUCAUGAUGCUUUUCACCAAGACGGUCGCAGAGCGAACGAAGCCCGGGCAGCGCCAGGACAUUGAGGAGAAGUCAUACACCUUCCACGCCUACGGUCGCACCGAAGGUGUCGCCGGUGUUAUCGUCACCGAUGGCGAGUACCCCGCGCUCGUUGCGCACCAGCUUCUGUCCAAGAUUGUCGACGAGUUCCUCGCCAAGCACCCUCGCACAUCCUUCUCCGACCCCUCCCUCCGCGAGAACGCAUGCCCGCUGCCACAGCUGAAGGAGUAUAUUGUCAAAUACCAGGACCCCAGUCAGGCCGACAGCAUCAUGAAGAUUCAGCAAGAGCUGGAUGAGACUAAGAUUGUGCUGCACAAGACUAUUGAGAGUGUGUUGGAGCGUGGUGAGAAGAUCGACUCGUUGGUCGCCAAAAGUGAUGGUCUGUCCGCCCAGAGUAAGAUGUUCUAUACCCAGGCCAAGAAGCAGAACUCUUGCUGCGUUGUUAUGUAGAUUGUCAUACGCUGGAGUUCGAUGCGAUAGCGAUUGUGUUUUUCUCUUGGGUUCGAAUUUAUUCAUGUAAUCAAACCUCGAAGCUAUGCAUUUGAUGAUUUUGUGUAAUUCUUUGGAUCAGCUGCUGCCUAUGCGCUCCUUGUCUUUCUUCUUCUUCAUUCUCUUGCCC